AUGCAUCGGGUUCUGCUUUGCUUCGGGCUGGUUGCCCUGUUGGGAGUCGCUUCCGCAAUUCUGUUCCCGGCCGCGCAGCAGAAGCAGAUUCUCCAGGUGCAUAACGGACUACGUUCUAACCUCUCGCGUGGAAUUUACAAGUCGAAGGAUGGGACCACUUUUGCCCAGGCCACCAAUAUGAGAACCAUGGUUUGGAACAACACGAUCGCCAAGAUCUCCUCCGCUUACGCAAGCAAGUGCCCGGGGCUAAAGCAUUCUGGUACGGCCGGGCUCGGCGAGAACAUCUACAUCAUCUGGGGCGGAAAGGUCGAUGGGCUAGGGGCUGCGGCCAGCAACAUGUGGGCCGACGAGUUCAAGACGAACGGGCCGAAAGGUUACGUUUUCUCUUCAGCGACUGGGCACGCUACGCAGAUGGCUUGGGCUAACACAACAGCCGUUGGUUGCGGCUACAACUACUGUUCGGCCGACAAGUCGUACUUUGUCGUCUGCAACUAUUGGCCACAGGGAAACUACGUCGGCCAGAAGGCUUACGACCAAGGGACCACCUGCUCGAAAUGCCCAACCAAAACCAAGUGCGUCAAGGCCACCGGACUCUGCGCU